AUGGCUGCGGAACGGCUUUUCCACUCUGGGCACAGAUGGUGGAGCCACGUGAGACUAUACAGGGACCGUCCAGGCUUUGUGCCAACCACCCCUCCUUACCCCUCCCUGCCUCCGCCCCCUCCUGAGCGGGCUGCAGCACAUCGGGAACCUGCAGCACGGAUGAUGGGCGCGGGCGAAGUGAAUGUGAAGAGGAAGAUCAUGGCACAGUGGCGUGUGGGAGCAGAGGGGGACGGUAGGGAGGCAGCGAUCCUCAAGAGGAGGUACAGGUACACACCCCUCGUGAUCACACUGGACACGGUGCAGACCUUCUCUGUCGCUCUGGGGCAGAAGCAGCGCACACACAGAAACCCUGAUACUGUGGGGAUGAAUUUUCUUGUAAGCCAGUGCAGCAGGGGUCAGUUUUACAGAGUGGCCGGCAAGUGCGUCAUGCCACGUGGAAAAGACACGCCCUGA